AUGAUUGAAGCAAAUUCUUUUGAAAAACUUAAAGAUUUGAAUAAGGAAUAAACUACCAAGUUGUUUUUAGAUCUUGCAUUAAAGGAAUCUAAAGAUAUAAAUAGUAAUGAGUACACAUAAGAAUUAAUUAAAUUUACCAAUUUGUAGAGCUUAAAGUUAAAUUUGAGUUGCUGUGAACUCAAUUUUGAACAACUUAAAGACUUUACAAAUGCGUUAAGCUAAUUGAAUAAACUUUAAUAUUUGAAGAUUAAGUUUAUUGAAAAUGUAUUGGUUGAAAGCAACUUCUAAGAUUUGGCUGAUUCUAUUUCAAAAAUGACUGAUCUUGACACAUUAAAUUUGAAUUUAGAUGAGGUAAAUGUUGGAAAUAAUUCUUUUGCUAUCCUUGGACAAGGUAUUGGCAAUUGUAUUAACUUGAAAAAUCUAAAAAUUGUAUUGAGAAAAAGUUAAAUUGAAAGUGAUGGAAUCUAAAAGUUUGCAGAAGCUAUUGAAAAAUGCAAGUAACUACAAAGAAUUGAUCUUGAUUUAUUCGAAAAUAAAACAAAAAAUGAAGGAGUCAAUCAACUCUUUUAGUCUAUGUCAAAGCUAUCAAAUUUGAAUAUUCUCAAACUAGAUUUAGUCAAAAAUGAAUUAAACAGUGCUGCUGGGUAGUUAAUAGCAUCACAUCUUCCCAAAUUUACAGUAUUAAAGGAGCUUCAUCUACAACUUAGAGAAAAUACCUUUUCAUGUUAAGGAACAUCAGAUUUAUUUGAUGGAAUUAAGGAUUUGAAAAAUUUACAAGUACUCACUAUUGGUUUAACAAACAACGAUAUCGCUAAAUAAGGAGCUAUUGCUAUAGCUAAUUGUAUUUCUUCAUUAAAUUAGCUCUACAACUUUACACUCUAUUUUAAUCAAAACAAGUUGUUGGAAGAGGAUAUGAAAGUAAUUAGAUCAGGUUUGUCUAAAGUAUUAAAUUUGACAAAUCUAACAUUCUAUUUUAAUGGUAAUAAUAUCAACUAAUAAUUUGCAGACAAAUAUAUAUUAUCAAUUAGCAAAAUCAGAAGACUUGUUUAUUAAGAUUUGCAUUUCUAAUGA